UUCAUGGGGAAGACUCAUGAGGGAAUGAUGAAUGAGGAUAGUGAGGUUAAUGGGAUGAUGAAUGAUGCAGAUACAAGAGAGACAGUUCAAGAUUUUUCAGUGCCAAAUAAUUGGUAUCAGAAAAUGCAAGGAUUUAACCAAUCUUCUGAAAUAUCAACUAGUCAAAAACCUUCUCAACCGCUUCCUCAACCAAUGAUGCAAAAUUUUGGGGGAUUUCCAAUGAUGAAUCAACAAACUAAUCCACAAAUGUUGCAGCAAAUCAAUCCUCAAAUGUUAUCAGGGCAAAUGAAUAUGCCUGAAAUGAUGAAUCAACCAAUGAAUUAUCCUCAAGACAUAAACCAGACCAAUAGUAAAAUUCCUCAAAACCAGUUUUCAGGAUAUAAUGAGCCUGAGCCUUCUCAGAACCUUCAGAAUAAUUCUAUAAAUGCUAUUGAAAAAGCUACACAAGAAGAAGCUGAGGAUUAUAUUCAUGGUUCGAACAAGAAGCAGCCCUUAAAUGAGAGUAUUUCAAAGCCACCUAAGAAAAAUGAAGUAUUAGAAUUUAAUAUGAAUGAACCAAGUCAGCCAACCCAGCCGAAGCCCCUUGCUAGGAAUGAGUUUGAUGAUAUUCCAAUUAAAAGUAAUUACACUGAAAAAGUUCAGAGCCAUCCGAGCUUUCACGAAGACAGCAAGCAAAAUAUUGAAAGCCAUGACGAAGUUGUAUUACCCGCAGUGAAGAAUAAAUUGAAAGAUGAACCCCCAGUAAAUCCUCAUGAUGAAGUCCCGAUUUGAGGAGGAUCUUCUAAUCCUAUUGAUGAUUUACCUAUAAAGGCUAAUAAUUUUGAUGAAUUGCUAGAAAAAGAACUUCAGAAAAAUGCAGGCGGAGAUAUGCAUUCUGGGCCUCCAGUUCAGCCUAAGUCUAAACCUAAGAAGCAAUUUUUAAAGAGAAAGAAGCCAGUGACAGCUCCUCCCAAGAACAACAAGCCAGCAAAGUAUAAAUAUUAUGCUGAAAAUUUCACAGACGAUCCAUUUGCUGCCCCAGUUGAGAGUGCGCCAAAGCCUGUAGAAAAGAAAUCUAAAAAGACCCCAUUCGGAAAUGUUGCUGAAAGAAAAGCAGUCAAUGAUCAAUUGGAAAAACCGACUGAAAAGAAAAAUAAGUCUAAGAAAACCUUCCUAACUAGAGGUGGUGGCACUGGAGGUGGAAUUGGUAGCAAGAAAGACAGUCCUAGAGAGGCUAAAUCAGAGAAACCUCAUCAUAAAAGAGACUCUUCCCAAGCUAACCCUAAAUCCAAGUCCAAAAGAGGUAAAAGAAAGCUGUUCGAAGACAGUGAUGAUAAUGAAAGCAGUGAUAAUUCAGACUCCCACGGAGAGGAUGCCGAAGACCAAGAUGAAGCAUCUGGCUCAGACCAUGGCAGAAAUGAUUCACAAAAUGAUGGCUAUGGCAGUACUCAAAUGAUGAAAGAUCCUAAACCCUUAAUAAAUUUCAAGCAAAAUGUGGACAAAGAUGAUUUAGAGAUCAAUUAUACAGAAAUCCCAGAACAUCUUACAGAAUACCUGCCUCCAAAAGCUAGAGAGCAGAUAGAAUCCAAGCUGCGUGAUAUGGAUAUUGAAAUCGCUGAGUUCACAAAGAGGCAUAAUAACCAUCUUGAGCUUACUAAAGAUCAUGGAGAAAUGGCCUUCCAGACCAAAAUUCAAGAGAUCAAGAAUGAGAUUGAUAACCUCGAGUUCCAAUCCCAGCAGGAUAUCAUGGAGUUAAAAGACUAUGAAAAUGCUGAACUCAAGAAAAUCAGAAAAGAGAGAAAAGAUUUCGAACGAUUUAAAAAAGAAAAUAAAUCCACUCAGGAUAAUAAGAAAGGAAAGCAAGAAAUUGAUGAGCUAAAGGCUAAAAUUGAAGCGGUUAAAUCAGAAACCAGAGCCAAAGAUAAGAAGAAUCAUACUAUGACAGUUCAACUCCAAGAUGAGCUAGAUUUCUAUACUCAAGAAAACGAAUCAAUCCAGUCAGAAAUCCGUCAACUUGAGAAAACAAGAAUUACAGCUAUGAGGAAACAGAGGGAAAGUACAACAAAUAGAAGACAAAAUCAUAUUGAAGAUACUUCAAAUAGGCCACAAAAGAAGACUGAAGAUACUUAUGAGCAGUACGAGUCUUCUAACACCCGUGCCAGAGUAGUGUCCCACCAAAAUGAACAUGAUAGUCCUGAUGAAGAUGACAAAGCUGGAAAUUACUCAGAUGCUAGUGAUAACGAGGAAGAUAAUAACUCAAAUGAUUCAGAUGAAGAGUCAUACCAAAUGGUUUUCCCAGAUAUCUAUCACAAAGACAAUUCUCCUCUAGUAGAUGAAUCUGUUAAGAAAAAUGGUAAAAUAGAAAGAAUAUUCUCAAAUGGUAAAAGAGAGCUGAUAUUCAACAAUGGAGUGAAGAAGCAGAUCUUCCCUGAUGGAUAUCAAAUUGUCUUCUUUAAUAAUAAAGAUAUAAAGCAGACAUAUCCUGAUAAAAAGAGUGUUUAUUACUUCUCUGAGGCAAAUACUACCCAAACUACCUUCCCGAAUGAAUUGAAAGUGUUUAGGUUUGGUAACGGUCAAAUAGAGAAACAUUACCCAGAUCAGACUAAAGAGAUCUGAUUCACAGAUGGAACAGUAAAGUGUAUCUUCCCUGAUGGGGAGGAAGAAAGUGUAUUCCCCGAUGGCACCAUCCAAAAAAUCGAUAGAAAUGGGGUAAAGACCAUUGAACUUCCUGAUGGCACAGUGCAGAAAAUGUAAAGCUA